CCAGAGAAAAAAGAACCGAAGGCCGGCCACAUUCGAUCAAUUUCUGAAGAACUUCCUCAUUCUUUUUCUUCCUCGAGUCCUCGUCAAUCGCUUCACACUCACAUCAAUGAAUGACGCAGCUCCGGCAGAACAAUCGCCACCACCAGUCCCAGUUCGACGUUUUCCGCGGCGGAGAAACUCGCGGUGGCUUGAGAGAGGGGACGAGAUCUCGCCGUCUAUCUCGGGGGCGGUCGCGAGUUUGGAGGUCUGCGUCGUCGUUAUCUGGGAAAGCUACGCGUUUUCCCCCUGGACGAGAUUGCCGAAAUUGCAGAGUGCAAGCGCCGUAAGGGGACGGCGGUCGUGCCCGUGUCGAGUGAGCGGUCAGCUGGGCCAGGUCGGGGAGGCGCUUGAUGGAGGCAUGGCAGUGUAUGAGAAAAGGUGGAGAGGUGCGCUGGGGAAAGUCGGGAAUCUCUCCGGCUAGGGUUCCGGCGUCACCAGGUAAUCAUUUUAGAGACCUAAUAUACCUUUAAUUGCCUCAUUCAUUUCCCGUCCUUGAUUCCUUAUUUGGCAGCACGAUUAUUUACAAUGGUUUUGUGGCAGGCCAGAAUCGAAACUCUUGGAUGAAGUUGUCAAUGAUGUCUUGGAACAAAUUAAACCAACGAUGCCCAAAACCAGUCCCAUGGAAGGUCUGGUCGGAAUCCAAGCUCUCAUCAAGGAAAUGGAAUCCUUGCUGCAUAAGGAUUUUCCAAAUGAUGAUCAUGUUCUUACGGUGGGAAUAUAGGGGAUGGGUGGCAUUGGCAAAAACCACAAGGCUGAAGCCAUAUUUGAUCAAUUGUCACCUCAAUUUGAAGGUAGCUUCUUAUUGGAAAAUGUUCAGGAGCAUUUGGAGAAUGACUAAGCAUUGCCAUGUCAUUGCAAAAUUCGAUUGGUGAUACCAACAUAAAUGCGGAGGAUUGCGUAUAAAAAAUAUGUAACAUU